AUGGCCCCCCAUCCUCGUCAUCCGACGUCAGCUACUCCUUCCGUUCCUUACGAAAACGCGACACCAAAUGCCGGUAGUGCAGGAGUCACCUGGCCCACUUUGCGCUCUGCCACGCUGAUUGAUUGCAGCCCUUUUGAAGGGUCGGACAUUUGCAACAAUAAAUUUCCGUUUUAUACACUGACCUUGUUCGCCUCCGCAAACCGCCUUCCACAGGCUGACAACUCACGAAGUCGCGUCCUCUCCUCCCUCCUGACUGCCGCCAAAGAGGGCAAAUUGACGGGAAUCCUCGGUCGCCUUGGUGACCUGGGUGUCAUUCCGCAACGCUACGAUGUGGCCGUUUCCACCGCAUGCGGCGCACUGGAUCACAUUGUGGUUCAGACUAUGGAGGAGGCGCAGAAGGCUGUGGAGUUCCUCAAAUCCAACAACCUUGGCCAGGCCUCAUUUAUCGGUAAGUGUUGAUGUUUAGGUCGCUUCAACGUUUUAAAAACAACAAAGACUGACGAUUUCUGCGACUGGAGUGACACUGAGUCCAUUCUCCAAGACCAUAUUUUUGUUCGCUUGCGUUCGACAAGUCAUUCCCCCCCCACCAUGAAGCAAGGGACAUGAAAACCGAAGUAAGUUCGCCCCGAGCUCAACUUUGGUUCUCUAGGCGUCUCAGUAGCGGGAUGAACCCGAGGGUGAGCAUUUCUGUCCACAUUCCGGUUUCAAGGCCCCAGAGUCUUCUCCGAGAGUGAGUGACAUUCACCAGGUCGUUGUGGUCUUUGACGUAUCGAUCGGUGACCAUACUGCUUGAUUGGAUGCGCAAACAAAGACACGCUGAUAGAAGCGAACAGGCGAGUCCCAGGAAGCAGUUCAGAAGACGAAAGAGCGAUUAGUGGAACAAGAACUCUACUCGCCUGACGUUUCGGAUUCUCACUCAAACCCAUCAUCAGAGGCCGUCGCAGAUAAGGGUAAUGGUGACACAAGGAGUGCAGUGUUUAUAGCGCGUGGCUGCCGUGGGACCAUAUGCCUGCUGAAAUUAACAGCUCUCGCAAUCACCGCUGGGGUCAUAAUUGAUGCAAUGGAGUAAUCUUCCGGCUUCUCCGACGUAAUGGCUUUGUCCGCAAUUGCACCAGAUCCGGUAAACGACUCCUGACAUUUCCUGCCGUGGCAGUGGGUCUUUCGGCCGCAUGACUUAGCGCCUGGUGGUUGCCUCUGGCCCAUGUGCAAUCCCGACUCCAAGUGGAGUGAGAAGACAAUUGACGGAUUCCGAGACGUUCUUCACGUACGGAAGAGCCCGCCAGAAUUUGGGGUCGGUUGGAUUUGGUCUCUGGUGUCGUUUACGUUUGCACUGGUUGACAAAGUUGCCUGGCAAGCCGUUGGCUCUCAGUACCCAUCGAAGAUAUUGUAAUUCAGCAACCUUUUCUCCCAUUUCACUGCAGUGCGUCUCAACGCGCCCGUAUAGCGCCCUUACGCAACUGCGCUUGUGACCGAUCGGGUGGUUGCUGUUGAAGUUCAGUCGCUUUCCUGAACGCUGGACAUGAUCCACAAAUGCGUUUUCGUUAGGUUCGAGAGUUUACUUAUUUCAUAGGUCCCCUCCACCUAAAGCCCCACUGCCUAGCAGCUAAUAUAGUGAGUAUAGCACUAGAGAGUGAGGUAGAUGCUUUACAAGUCACCACUUCCGUCCCAGAAGGCUUCCUUCGUUCUAUAGGCUGAGCUCUGAUGCUGUUUCCCGGAGGUCUGCGUUGCUGGUAAGCUGGGAAACUCGCUCAGCACGUUCCGCCAACACGCUGAAGUCGCCUUCGCUGUCUCGGUUUUCCGUUUUUGCCGCCGGAAGAGGAAGUGGGUCCAACUCGCCAUAUCCGCUGACGCAGGUUUUCGGACGUGCAGAAGCGCUAGACUGAGCGUCAGUGAGACCAGCGCUAGAUCAGACAUGGUUACUUUUGUAUCAUGCAUGUCGUGUACCGGAAAACGGGCCGGAGAACAAAAUAUUUGGAUAAGCUCUUGUGUCUUUAGUUUAUGCCAGUAUGCGCAAGGUGUGGGACAAAAUUAGAGUUGCGACGUAAAAAAAGCAAAGGAAACAAGAGAGCGCCGAAUGCGCGCCCUGAUUUGCAGAGUCACUAGUCAUGACAGUGGGACUACCCACCCCUCUCUCUCAUCCCUCACCUGGGCCCGGUGUCAAGAAGAUCAUAGGCGAGAGAGAGAGGGCAGAGGUGGCUGGCACAGGAAGAGCCCGCACCUAGGCGUGCCACCACCACAUCCCCUGGUCCACGACAAACGCUUGACCAACAACGAAGACGGGUCAGAAAGACGAGAGGAUGGUACAAUUCACUGGGCAGCCAUGCACGCGAGAGCUAUGCGGGAGCGCAAGCGCAUCUACUGGCAGGGAACCAGGUGUCAGGGAACUGCCAAGCGCAGAUCAGGCUGCAAGGACCAUGGUUUGCUGAAUUAUUAGGGAUCGAUAGACAGACAUACGCGGGAGUUGGCAAGAGCACGCCACAGGGGCGCGUUUACACGUUCGCCCUCGAUGUGCAGGCCAGUUUUCCAACCAGGAUAGCUACUGGACGACCUGUCUGUUAGAGAAUGUGUUCAAUUUUUGUUAUACCCGCAACCUUUAUAUGGUUUCGGCUCGUCCGGAUUGCCGACGACUGUGUUUGUAGUUUGGUUGAUGAGUGGGUGUUACCGUGGUUGAUGUCACGGUGUGUUAUGGGGCAAACUCAACAUGUGCCACCACAAGGGAAGGGAACAGUGUUAAUAUUCUCCAGAUACUUCUUUAUGCAAUGCUGGUUUAUUCACCUGAAUAGACACACCCUAGGUGGAAAGUUGUCAGAAGGCAGUCUGAAUAACUCAAAUAUUUUUUUGUAGUUCUAUAAAAUUAAACGGCAAGAUUACCUAAGCGGAACGGAAAACUGAUAAGUAGACAUACGUUCGAGGUGGCCAGACGAGCAGUCUGACUAAUGACACCCACUUGUGGUGAUUCGUUCAAACACGAACGCGAACAAGGAGCUAUCGGAAUCGACGAAUGAAAGUGCAGAAACAGGCGGAACGUGAUUAUGGUAAAGGCCAUCCACUAAUAAACAUUUAGUAACAGAUAAAUUCACUUUGGCCCAACUGGGAAAAACUCAGUUCCUUGGUUGGAUUCGAGCCCACGACAGCAAGGUGAAGGCUUUAGUACAGCCAAAGCUCUAACCAUCUGAGCUACUAGGCCCCACCGGACUACGCGAGUUUAUCACAUUUGGGUCAAGUUUGCCCGCCCAACUUACUGCAACGUCUGGAAUCCACCAAAUCUGAUACAGUAAGCUGACUGCUCAAACAGGAUUUCCCAAGUACAAUUGACUCAAAGUGGAUUAUUUGAAAUCUGUCCUAACACCUAUGAAUUACGUGAGCCUAGUAGUCAUCUGGCGGAUUCUGGAUGUAUUACUCGGGAAAUCCUGCUUGGGCAGUCAGCUUACUGUAUCGGACUUGGUGGAUUCCAGACGUUGCAGUAAGUUGGGCGGGCAAACUUGACCCAAAUGUGAUUAAACUCGAGUCGUCCGACGGGGCCUUGUAGCCCAGGCGGCUAGUGUUGGCUGUACUAAAGCCUUCACCUUGCUGUCGUGGGCUCGAAUCCCACCGAGGUACCGACUUGAGGGAUGUGCCAUUAGAUACAAUUCUUUAAGAACAGCAAAUUCACCAUGCUCAGGAUUUGUGGACUGUUGCAUUUCUUAUUGACGACCGAGAUUAUGUCGGUGUCCACUUCUUUACUACUGGACAGCCAUAUUACGACCUUGAUUGUCUGUUGGAGUAAAGGGGGACAAUGGGGGGUCAUUUUUUGUGUUUGUUUGAGAGCGUCGGUUGAUGCCUUCCGCUCAGAUUUUCAGCGGGUUGUUAAGGCAUUGUUGUAAGGCGGGUUGUAAGUGCGUUAUCCAGCUCCUGCGAACCAGCGAGUACACAAUCGGUGCCUCGGUGGGAUUCGAAUCCACGACGAUAGGGGUAAGGUUUCAGUACAGCCAACGUUCUAGCCACCUAAGCAGCACAUUUCGAUUAAACUCGCGUCUUCCAGUGGGGCUUCGCACCUCCGAUGGCUAGAACGUUGACUGCACUAAAGCCGUGCCCUUGCUCUUGUGGGUUUGAAUCCCACAGAGGCGCCGAAUUUUUCACAUAUGGAUCAGUAUGAAUUAUUCGAAAUCUGCCAAAGCAUCUAUGAAUCAUGGUCCUUGCUGAGGCGACUGGGCAAUCAGUCACGUGUACCGCGCAUCCGUCCGGCCAGUCCUUCUGUACGGCUGUGAAUGUUGGACUGUGCGUGUGAUGUGAUGUAUUGGCCACCACUGUUUGAGGACCAUUCCUCGAGUGAAGUACAUUCUCAAAUAAGACAGUCCUCACUCGCUGCGACAAUAUCGGAAGGAUAAGCCUGGCCAUUCAUAAAAGAGGGCCGAGGUGGUUUGGACACGUUUUGUGCCGUACUUGCUUACUUUGUACGGCUGCGAUCAUGCCUGAUCUAGCCGGCCUCGAUGAUGUCGCGAACUGUACACCUCUCCACGCGUGGUUAUCCGCGGCAGCAGAUCUGGACAGCUCAAUCCAUUCCCUUUGCCAACGACGUAGACCGAAUACCGAAGGUCCAAGAACCACCUCCAUGUCUUGACGAACUGUGUCGAGCCAGGCUUUGAAUUGACGCCCUCUUCGACGCCUCCAAUGGAGUAGCGGUGCCGGAUCGAGGGCGGUAACAUUGAGCUCCUGAGGCGGACGACGGAGAACAUGCCCGAACCACCUCAGUCGUCUUUCUUGGAUGGUCUGAGUUAUCCUUACGGUGUUGUCGCAGCGAGCGCAGGCUGUCUCACUUGAGACGAAGUCGGUGAACUUCACUCUAACGAUGGUCCUCAAGCAGUGGUGGUCAAAUACCUCCAGUUUUCGCUCGUCCUCCACGCGCAAAGCCCAGCAUUCACAACCGUAGAGAAGGACAGACCGGACAGAUGCACGGUACACGCGAAUCUUAGUGGUGUUGGAGAGGUCACGUCGGAUCCAUAGGCAUUUCCGAGGGUCGUCUACCUCAGGAGCCAGCUGCGACAAUAUCGCAAGGAUAAGCCAGGCCAUUCAAGAAAGACGACUGAGGUGGUUUGGGCACGUUUUGUGUCGUCCACCUCAGGAGCCCAGUGUUACUGCCCUCGAUCCUGCACCGCUAUCCCAUUGGAGGCGUCGAAGAGGGUGUUAACAAUUAGUCAAGGCAUGGAAGUGGUUCUUGGACCUUCGGUAUUCGGUUUCCGUCGUUGGCGAAGUGCAGGAGUUGACAUGUCCAGAUCUGCUGUACAUCGUCACGCGUGGAGAGGUACAGUUCGGGACAUCCGCGAGGCCGGCCAGAUCAGGCAUGAUCACAGCCGUAGCAAGUACAAGCUUAAGUACAAAUUAUAUGUUCCUUCCAGAUGCACACGUUAACUGGUUGCAUUUUUUUAAUUUUCCCAAAGGUCUGGACAAAAUGAAGCGAUGGGAGGUGGAGUCCGCUAAACCAUUCAAGGGUCCGACCCCCUCGGCCCAACGACUUUUCGACUUGGUAGAGGUUUCCCAACCAGCAGUGAAGCCCUGUUUCUAUUUUGGCCUCCGUAACACCCUGGUUGCUGAGACUUUGGACGUGGCUACUGACUGGGCCUUCAAACACCCCGUCCGAUUUCGUGUGGUCACGUUGCAGGUGGGUUGUUCUAUUUACUUUUUCAUAUUAUCUGAAUGCUGUCAUGAAAUCGGAAAAUUCCUCGACGUUGAAAGUGUGACUUAUCCAGUUGCUCUUUCUGCUUUCAGGGCCAACUGAUUGAGACGUCCGGUGCCAUGACCGGUGGCGGUGGCCGCCAACUCUCCGGCCGAAUGACCACGGACGUGUCCAGAGCUAGGCAGGCUCGCCGUAGUAUGUCCGAGUCAGUGCUUACUGAAGAGGGCCUGUCUGCGAAAGAGCGCCAACUGGCGAACAAGGAGGCCGAAUUGGGGCAAUUACGUAGUAAGCGUGAGUGGUUGGAGGAGAAGGUGACCCACCUGCAACGCCAGGUCGUAGACGCUGAGCGCAACAUGGCCAAGUGGCAGGUUCGUUCUUGCAGCUUAACCAGAUUUCGUCAGUGAACAUAUACAGCUACUUAAUACGAUUUGAGUAAGUAUGUAUUUGCCUUUGAACAGGCGGAGAUUGUGCGCCUGCGAGAAGAGGCCGAGGCGUUGACACGUGAGGCUGAACAGGCUGAGAAGCGCGCCGCUAAUGCCGGACCUUCCAAGGCAGAAAGGGAGAAAUUGGAGGCUAACGUCGCCGCGCUGUCUAAAGAGAACGCAAAGAAGGCCGCUAAAGCAGAAAAACUGCGAGAAGAGGUAGACGAGCUGAAAACAAAACUCAUGGAGGCCGGUACGGCACGCUUGGCUACAGUCCGCUCCCGAGUGGCACUUGUUGAAAAGAAAAUUAAGGAGGUAUUCACACUUUUUCCAAGAACGCAUUUUUGAAGUACCCAAGCAAUGCUUGUCACACCUUAAAUUUGAAUUCCUGAUUCCUAUCCAACAUUCCUGUUUAGGUAGCCGACCAGUUCACAAAACUCGAGGUCGAGAUAAAGACGGCUCACCGGAACGAAGCCAAAACCCAAUCCAAGAUUGAAACGUUAGAGAAGGAAGUCGAGUCUCUGAAGGAAAAACUCACAGAAAAUGAGGCGCAGCUUGUGGAAAUCGAAACAACUGCCAAGACCUGCAUGACUGAGUUUCAAGCCAUUCAGCAGGAGGUGCGUCCCGAUAUUCAUAGUCAUUUAAAGCAGCUACUUAAUUGGUCUUAAGUAGGCAACAUCAUUAAACUUUAUCUUAUUUUGCAGAUUACGGCACUGGGCGAGGAACGCGAGAAGAUCAAUGCACAGAUCGGAGAAGUGGAAACUGGACUGGCAGCUGCGAAGAAGGACGAGGGCGUGGUCCAGCGUAAGGCUGAGGACAUCCGUAGUCAGGCAAAGGAGGCAGCCGCCCGCGCCAGAGCCUGGCAAAUGAAGCUGCGUGGUCUGCGACUUAACAAAGUCGAUGAUGAUGAUGAUGAGGAGGAGGAAACGGCAGAGGCGGAAUCAGCUGACACAGAAGGAGAUCUUAGUCAGUCCCUAGUUUCUGGGGCAAACCAAUCACAGGACACUUCACAGCAUGACCCACUGUCCUUCCUCGGAUCUUCCAAGGACACCAAACUGCCCACAUAUACCGACGAACAGUUGGCAGGUAAGGCUGUGAAAUGCGCCUAAACGCAGGCUCAUGUUCUUUAUACUGCACAUUUCAAUAGCUGUUCAACCACACGGGCAAUUCUGGUGUUAUGGUUUGGUCGUCGACCGGAACUUUGAGCCCAGACUGAUAAAGUAUUACGAAUUUUAAGGUUGGACAUCUUUCCACUAGUUAUAGUCAGUUUACGUCCUACAGUUUCCGUGAUUUCGUUUAAUCUGCCUUUGAAAAGAAAGGAGAUAGUCAUUGCGCGGUUGUCCUGUAGGACAGACUCGAUGUGUCGCAUUCGCUGAUACAGUUCAAGCUUCUGUGGACUUCUGUUGGCAGUGUGUGCUCAUCCGCAGCCCAUGCACUUUCGGGAAUGUUUGAUUCCUGCCCUAAUUCGGACAGUAGGGACCUGUUGCACGUUUAUCCAGACAGAGGUUGCCUUUGUAACUGAAUGACCACAUGUUUACCAAAGACCACACCGUCUUCCGACUGAUGCGGCUGAUCGAAAAUGCAUAGUUUUCAAUUUUUGUCCCCAGCUUGUGCUUCACUUCCACUUUUGUGAGACUGUUGAUCCUUCUCCUUUUGUCCAUGAUCUGUUUCCUCUUUUUCCGCAGAAAUGAACAUUAAUGAGGCGGAGUUGAAGAAACUCGAAUCACAGAUUGCGUCCAUGUCGCCCAACAUGGCUGCCAUACAGCAGUAUAGGAAUAAAGUGGACCUCUACCUCAGUCGGGUGGCUGAACUCGAUCAUGUGACUGAUCUGCGCAACGAGCAGCUUCGACAAGAGGCGGAAGCCAAGGGGACACGCCUGUCUGAAUUCAUGGCGGGUUUCAAUGUGAUCACCACCCGUCUGAAGGAGAUGUACCAGCUAUUGACGCAGGGUAAGUUUGUCGUCUCUCCCUCGAUUGUUGUUUUUUAUUUCUUCCAGUCGGUUACGACAUGCACUCUUUCUGUUCUUUAUUGCUCUUCUUCUUCGCAUACCACCAGUGACGUCAUCCGCCCCUGUAGUCCAUUGUAUCGCAAACCAUAUCGUAUCGUUGGCAGAUAGGCCGACACCAAUUGCUGCCCAUGUAACGUUCCGUUUUAGGGCAGCCUGCGUAUUCGCGGGUGGAUGUGUGAGGAUCCGUACUCCAGGAAAUAAUGCGGUCAGAUGGUUUAAAAAUUUACUUAAGUUCGUCGGUGGGGAAUGAAUCAUUCGUCGAGCUUACUGUCGACUUGUUACGAGUUGGUAAUUCACGGCCGUUGGUUAGUCGGUAUUGGAGAUGACAGUGCACCGCGCGGUGAUUAAGUGGACGGUCCACUUGACGAGUCCGGAGUGCGGGCCCAUAGUAUCUGCAUUUGUGACGACACAUUGCCAGUAGCUGGUGAUCUCGAUUGACGGCACAGUGGAAGUUAUAAUAUGCCCCCGAGGCACGAGUCAUUGCUUACGUCGACCCUUCGAAGAUCAGCUGUCCGCCAAGGCCACCUUCCGGAGUUAUAGAGAAGGGUGACUCUGACUGCAGUCACUUACACUGAAGUGAUUAUCUGCUCCUUAACGUACUAUGCGACAUCGGGGCUCAUGCAGAGGUUACAGAAUCAUUCUCCGUGAAAGCUCCACGCAAAGUAUGGGAUAGGCAAACUUCACAUAACAUAACUUGCCUACCUAAAUCAAAUAAGUAGGCAUAGCAUGCAACCUAAAUAUAGAUCAGCAUAUCCAGAGUCAUGGUUCAGAACGCCCGCACAGUCCAAUCCACGAACAGGGUCUUUUAAAAACACGAUGGGAAAGGGGAGAGUCAGGCUACCGCGGAAAACGCGUACCAAUCAGGGGACUGGGAUUACCAGGUUUUCCCUCCGCUCGCAGGGUAGCAACAUUGUGUCCUGGUUGUUUGUACAUGAACAAGUACUGAGAAGUCAACUGCUGUAGAGAGUUUCUUUACUUUGUCAAGUGCUCAACUGGCCUGACCUUUACAUUCACACACGAAUGCGUAAAUUUGGAUCAUUAAAGGCAAUUUGAAGUAGUAAGCAUUCAUUCCUAAAUCGUGUUUCUGGCAGGAGAUUAAUGUGGCGGUUUAAGCUUCCACAAAACAGUCCUCACGCAAGAUUACGUCUAGAUUUCAACCAGCGAAAUAUUGUGGAUCUAAAGAACUGAGCCGAUUUGCUUCUUACGCCCUGUAAGCCUCAGCUUCACGGCUGCAGCUGGGCGUACUAGGUUUUGUCACCAGCCUGAAGGCCCGGCCUGCUCGUGUUGGCUUUGAGUAGGCAGCCACUUGCACAGGGUACACCUAUUGCAUUUCGGCAACUGCACACGCGCAACUGAUGUUGUUGUGACUUUCUUACGCCAUUGAACGGAGACAGAUCUCCUUGUUAGAUUUCACUUCAGUAUGAUCCCUCCCAACAUCUCCCCUGUGCCAACCCGUCCCCUUUCUGUUCCUUCAGGUGGCGACGCAGAGCUAGAGCUCAUUGACUCGCUGGAUCCCUUCUCUGAGGGCAUAGUUUUCAGCGUGCGGCCACCAAAGAAGACCUGGAAGAGCAUCGCCAAUCUCUCGGGUGGAGAGAAGACUCUUUCCAGCCUGGCCCUCGUCUUUGCCCUGCAUCACUUCAAGCCAACACCCCUUUACGUGAUGGAUGAGAUUGAUGCAGCCCUGGACUUCAAGAAUGUCUCCAUUGUGGGCAAUUACGUGAUGGAACGCACCAAGGAUGCUCAGUUUGUUAUCAUCUCUCUGCGCAACAAUAUGUUCGAGCUGGCCGAUCGUCUGGUCGGAAUCUACAAGACGCACAACAUUACAAAGGCCAUAUCUGUGGACUGCCACGUGCUGGCUCAGCGGCUGAACCAAGCGGUGAGCAAGGUGCGUGGUCACCAGUCGAAACAGCAGCAGCAGCAACAGCAGCAGCAGCGGUGGCCGCUGGCAGCGACGUCAGCAUCCUUGCCACCGCCACCUACUACUGUUGGCGUGCCGGGUGACUCGCUUGCUGCGACAGACGGCGCAGCUAUCGCUGCGACCACUGAUGCCCCCAUUUUCUUGGGUCCUCGGGGAGACGUCGCCAACUCGGAAGCAGAGAACGAACCACCGAACGAGAAUGAGGCGCAACUCCCCGGAACCGCUGAAGACGAGGGCGUCGAUUCAGACACCCCGAUUGUUGAACUCUAUUAG